UCUCACCCUCACCUCCCUCACCAACUUGAAGUCUUGAACAAUAAGAAAACCCACCCCUAAACCCCCCAAUACAAAACCCCCUUUUUCAAACCCCAAAAAUCACAAUAAAAUUAAAAAAACCCCAUUAUUCUUCUCGAUGCUUAAAUCAAUCUUUAUUUGAUUAAGAAAAUACCCUUUUCGAUUCUGUGUUGAUAGAACCCUAAAAAAGGGAAUCUUGGCCCGACCCAAAUGACAGAAGAAAUUGGUUCAUCGAAUAAUAAAGAAUUAUAUGCUUUACUUCAUGUUUCCCCUGAAGCUUCUGAUGAAGAAAUCCGUAAAGCUUAUCGCCAAUGGGCCCAAAUUUAUCACCCUGAUAAAUACCAAGCUCAACAGAUGAAGGAGGUAGCUACAGAGAACUUUCAGAGGAUAUGUGAAGCUUAUGAGAUAUUAUGUGACGAGAAUAAGAGACAAAUAUAUGAUAUAUAUGGGAUGGAAGGGUUAACCUCUGGCUUGGAACUUGGUCCAAAGUUAAAUAAAGUGGAUGAAAUCAAGGAAGAACUCGAAAGACUAAAACGCAGAAAAGAAGAAGAAAAAACGGCUGCUAAUUUUCAACCUUCUGGUGCAAUGUUUGCACAGUUAUCAGUUCCAAGUUUAAUGGCCGGGCAUGGUCUUAUGAGAAUAAUAUCGAUGCACACUGAAAUCCAAUCUCAUGUAUCGAAAAACAAUGUUAUUGCUUUUGGUGGGACUCUCGCAGUAAAAGGAAGUGUUGGUUCUGCAGAUGCAAAUGCGGUGUUUAGGCAUCAGUUAUCUCCCGCAUCUUCCAUAGAAAUCAUGGCUUCUGCUGGAUUGCGUGGAUUGAUAGGCGUACAGACAUCUCGCCAGCUGUCUCGUCAUUGUAACGCAACGAUGGGACUUGCCAUGUCACUAAGAGACGGUUCGAUAAAUCUUUCUAAUUCUUGGAACCGUCAGCUCUCCCCUACAACAAAUGCAAAUAUAGAGCUGAGUUUAGGCACAGACUCCUCGAUUGCUGUUGGAUGGCGAAAGAAAGACGAAAAGAUGGCUGCAGCUGGAGAGAUUAGGAUUGGUACAAGUGCAUUUGGUGCAGAGGCUCGUUACACUAGACACUUCUCCUCAAAAUCGCAUGGUCGUAUUACUGGAAAAAUAGGAAGCACUGCACUUGAACUUGAAAUAGGGGGAGGAAGAAAGAUAUCAAACUUUAGCAGUGUCAGAAUGAUGUACACAAUUGGGAUUCAGGGUGUACACUGGAGACUAGAAUUUCAUCGUGGCGCCCAAAAGUUUGCUGUACCUAUUUUUCUUGCACGGCAUAUUAGUCUUGGAUUUGCUGCUGGAGCAUUUAUUCUUCCAACUACACUCUAUUUUACCCUUAAGUCUCUUGUUUUCAAACCUUAUUAUCGUAGACGAGAAAAGCAACAGGCUCUCGAGAAUAUGGAACAGACUCGUACUCAGGUUCAAGAAGCAAAAGCAGCAGCUGAGAAAGCUCAGCAGUUGUUGCUAAAUGUGGCCAAUCGGAAACGAAAUAAACAAUCAACGACCAACGGAUUGGUCAUUGUUGAAGCAUUGUAUGGGAACCCUAAAGCAUUGAAGAGCAUCAGUAAUCCUGAAGAGAAUACAGAUGAAUUAGCUUCACAGAUUUUUGAUGUGACGUUACCUUUAAAUUUCCUAGUUAGCGAUUCUGGGCAACUUAAGCUACAUGAAGGUGUAAAGAAAUCAGGAAUUAUGGGCUUUUGUGACCCUUGCCCCGGUGAAAGCAAGAUAUUAUAUGUGAAGUAUACUUAUGGUGACAACAGAUACGAGCAGGUUGAGGUCGAUGAUCUUCAAGAACUUAUAUUGCCUCAGGAAGAACACAGAAUAUAAUCAAUUCUGAGGUCUUUCUCCCAUUUUUUUGCAUAUGCAUAAGAGGUAUCAUAGAAACUAGACAAGUUUAUAGUGUUGUUUCAACAUAUUGUUUUGGCUUAUCUGAAAUUCCUUUUUUAUAAUUCUGGUGGUUCGACCGAUGAAGGUCUUGGCUGUAUACUUCUUUUUUGGCGGAUUAUAGUGUUUGGUGAAUGACUUCUGAACUCACCCUGAAAGAGGAUAGAGAUAACCGAUGAAUGUUAAGACGGUUCUUUUAUGGUAAUCUGUUAUUUUCUA